UUGUUUUUUAUACAUUUUUCCAGGUACUUGGCAAGCCUUUACUCUCCAUGUGUUCUAGCAAAAGUGGUUGAAGUUCCUAUUGCAUGCUUUAUCCCUACAUGUAUCACGGACAAGUAUUUUUUGAGACGAAUGAGGUACCAGUGUGGUGGUACUGUAGUAGCUUGCCAGAUAGCACUCGAACGUGGAUGGGCUGUACAUCUAGGGGGAGGAUUUCAUCAUGCCCAUAGAACUUUCGGAGGUGGAUUUUGUGUAUAUGCUGACAUCUCACUUGCUUUGAAAAUGCUAUUUUCACUGAAACUCAUAGAAAAAGCUUUAAUCGUGGACGUGGAUGCCCAUCAGGGCAACGGACACGAACGCGAUUUCGGAGAUGAUUCGCGCGUUUUUAUCCUGGACCUGUACAACCCGAGAAUCUAUCCGUGGGAUCAUAAAGCUUCAGAGGGUAUUUCUCGAUCGGUACAUGUUGGAUCGAUGACAUCGGAUGCAGAUUAUUUAAGGCAUGUGAUUUGCGAUAUUUUUCCAAAAUAA